GCCCACGCACUUUAUGCCACCCACAUGUCAUCGUCCACAGUUAAGGACGGGGGCUUCACCGAGUUUCGUAAAUUAAAUAAUGUCAUCACGAAUUUAUCCGGGAUGACGCUACCGGUACGUCUCAUUUUAUCAUAAUGUGCUGGCAUUGAUUUCCUGUCGGACCUGGUGUUGUGUCUAUCACUGCGUCUGCCAUGGGGCUCGUCAGCAGUUGCUGCGGCCGGCGUCCCAACAAGAGGCGCCUGCACAGUCCCAAUGAGAGGGUAGCCUACAAGAAGGGCAAGCAAGGGGUCAGCGCCUCCUACAAUGCCCAGGAGUUUGACAUGACAUUCAACUUGAUGAAUAUCAACGAGGCCACAGAGGAGGAGCUGAUGACCUUGCACGGGGUGACGCGAAACAUCGCCAGGAACAUCAUCUCAUACCGGCACCACAUCGGGGGCUUCAGGAAACCGGAAGAUCUGGUGCUAGUGUCGGGCGUCGGCGCCACCAAACUGGAAGCCUUUCGGACAGAAGUCUACUGCGGCCCUUAUGCCGUCACCUCCCACUUCGACAAAGUCCCAAGUCGAACUUCCUACCACCGGGUCAACUCAAAGGUCUCCUUUGAGAAUAAAGUCAACGUGAACACAGCCUCAGUCCCUGUGCUGGCCAAGGUGCCGAACGUGGGCCAGGAGUUUGCUGAGGUCAUCGUGCAGCACCGUGAAGAGCAUGGGCCCUUCCAGUACCUGACGGACGUGGGCAAGAUCCCCCAGGUGGGCGCGUACCGGUUUGAGCUAAUGCGCAACCACCUGCUGAUUGGUGAGAGUUCGGAGAGCACCGUGUCCACGCCCUCCUUCCUAGAAAUGCGCAAGCUGCUGCACUCGGAGGAGGCGGAGGAUGCUGGCGAGGCACCGCUGUCGACUGCCAUGGUCUCCCUUAACAAGACGCUUGCCACCCAGGCAACGCAGACCGACCAGAUCUUCUUGCCGCUGAUCAUGACAUCAGCGGAGGCCUGGGCUCGGCCAGUAGUUGACCUGCCAUCAGCUGAGGCCGCUAACAGGAGGAGCAAGGUCAGAAUAGGUACCUGGAACCUCCAGCAAUUCAGCAAGGAGAAGGCUGAAAACCUUGGUGUGAAAGAAGUCGUUUGUAUGACCAUAUUGGAAAACAGGUUGAGUGUGGUGGCCUUUCAGGAGAUUGCCAACCGAGAUGCCUUAGCUGUGAUAUGUGCCGAGUUGAAUGACCCAACGUUGGCCGUUGUCCGCAACUGGCCGAGCCCACGGGGCGUCUGGAAAUGUGUGACCUCAGAAUCAUCAGGGAGGAUGUUCCAGGGUGUGGAGUAUAACGGUUUCCUGUGGAACACGUCAGACGGUGUGACCCUCUCGGAGUGUGCGCUCUUGCGGGCUCCGAAGAGACGAGGUACCAACGGCAAACAUUUUGCCCGCAUGCCCUUCCUGGGCUACUUUAAGCUGCGGGAACUGGACGUGGUCCUCAUUUCGGUUCACCUGAAAUUCCCUGGGUUGAAUAACAGCUCCAAAGGCAAACUAGAGGAAGAAAUUAACCAAUUAUCACUUCUGAGUAAUGCCAUAGAAGAACAACUUCCAGACGAGAAUGACAUCCUGAUCGUGGGUGACUUCAAUAGCGCCCCCUCUGCUCCGGACUUCAAGGCACUGAGAAAGGCCAGCUUCAGCCAUGCCAUCGCCGACGACCACUUCACCAACAUCAGUAUCAAGAACCCAGAGGGCUCUCACUGCUGUGACAACGUGUGGUUCAGCCGAAGCCUGGACAAGAUCCACACCGGUAAGUCGCAUGUUGUGAGAGAAGGUCUGACACACCCCCUGAUACCGGACAACUGGUCCUGGGGUGGGGUGGUGUCAAAUCACUGCCCCGUGUGGGUGGAGUUUUACUCGGACCAGGACCUGGACGAGGGCGGCUCCGGCAUCUUGGCCCAGCUGUCCAAGAAGCGUGCCGGUGUCUUUGGUCUUGCUGGCUCGAUGUUGACAUAUCUGCAACAGUCUCUGAGCUUACUUGACCAAGGGUAAUGUGAUGCUCAGAAAUCUGAGCGUCAUUUCUGUUAUGGUAAGCAGGUAAUGGCUGUGACUAAGGCAAGGCUCCACAGAAAUGGCUUACAUUGCUGAUAUGUAUGUGUGCAGGCUAGCCGUUGAGACUUCAAGCCAUCAGUAAUGCCGUAGUCAGUUUAUGGCCCAUAUGCAUGAAGACCAAAGACAUGCGUGCCAAAGUUGGACAUGAUUUGACUGUAGUGUGGUCACAAGUCUUCACAAGCCAUUCCGACUGUCAAAGUUACCAACUAUGACAACAUGGCAUUCCUCUGCCAUUGUUUGUUCCCAUCACUAGCGACCCAACGUGUGCAUUGACAUCUGAACAGACUUGUAAUUUGACCUCCAGUAGAUGUCGUUGCAACAUUGCUGUUUGACUGCAAUAUUGCAGCGCCUUCAUACAUGUACAUGAUUCCCCCCCCCAAAAAAAAACAAUUCAAAAGGCUUGCAUUGUGACAAUUUCAUCAAGUACAUUGUACAUGUACAUCAAUACAAGAUCACAAACUUUCAUUCAGCCAGUUUGGUAUUUCAAACAGCCAAAGUCCUUUAGGAAUGAAGUGGUCGUGUGAGUCAGCGUAUGGCUGUGCUGAUAGGACGGACUAUUGCUCGUGUGUGUAGCUGUUCCUGAAUAGCACAUGCUCCUCACACUGAGCAUGCGCUCUUGGUAUACCAAAUUAGUCCAUUAUAAAAUUGGGUUUUUAUCUGCAUUUACCUGUGCAGCAGGACUGAGGCUCUGUCACCUGCUGCAAAAAAAAUCUAGCAAUCACACUGGAAUUUUUUUUUCUUCACACUCGCAUAUAGUUGGGCGUAGGCUAAGACAAUUGUACAUGUAUUUGCAAAAUGUGAUGGUCGAAAAACUGCUGUUCACAGUUAACGAACCUGUAACACUUGUACAUGUAUGUAGGUGCUAAAUGUACGUACUUCCUGCAUUGCCUAGAAGUUGUCUCACAGCUGCAAGUUGGAGUGAAAUUAUACAUCAUCUAUAUUGCCUCGAUACUUUUGCUUUUUCAACAAAACCCUAAAGUCACUGUACUACCACCUAAAGCUAUAUGGAACACUGGUACCGGUGGGUACAGACCUUAUUGAAAUGCCAAAGUGUAAACAAACAACAGAACAGGAAAGGGCGGAAAAAGAGCUUGAAAGUUUCUGGAAAGUUUCUGGAAGCCAAGUUGGGACAAACUUGUGCUGAUUACACUUCCUUUCAAGUCACACCUCUUAAAACUGCGUGAAAGAUUAGUCAUUGAAACAAGCUAUUGAUGUAUACGAGAAGAGGCACUGCAUGGCAGGAUUCUAGGAAUAUGUUUGGUAGUUCAGUGACUAAAGGGUCAAUAGUUCAUGUUUUGUGCUGAGACAAGCAAGAGUGUAUAAAAGCUUGCCCCUUUAAGGAAACAACUCAUUUUGCAAAUUGCAAAGAUGCCAUAUUCGCACUGCUGUUUGUGUCAUGCACCUAAAAGGUCAGAGCACACUUUGUGCAAAUGUGAAGUGAAUUUGAUGUCGCAGCACUCUGGCAAUGCAAACAUUAGCUGUGAUGAUGAAAAUUCAUAUUUGCUUUUGCGUGGAGAUUAAACUGUGUUACUGUAGUGCAGAAUUUGGACUGUAUGAUAUAUGGACUCACUGACCGUAUUGAGCAUGACCACUAGGGUAUAGAAGUCCAUCUUUUGUGGGAGUCUAAAUUUCAUAGGAAACCAGCCUUCAAGUACAUGUAGUUAGGUAACUGCUUUGCGUUGAAAUAGCAAGUACCAGCAUAUUGCCUUGCUGAUGUGGUUGUAUUUCUUUCAAUGUGAAUGUUAAAAUGGUCCAGUUGUAGGCCAAUAAUGGUAAGCUGGUUUGGUGCUGAUAAAACGUUCUGUUGCAGAAAAGAGGCGAAUAUGACUGGCAACUUGAUGAGCAUUUUUUGGGGUCAUGCAAACUUUUUGUGCAAAAGCCAGGAAUUUGUGCACAUAUUCCUUCAUCAAAAAUGCCAUGCCAAGUGCCCAUAAAGAUCAGGCCUUAGUGCUUCCUUACACAGGUGGGCAGCCACAGACUUCCGCACAGUAAGAAGCAAUCAACCACAGCGGUAUCCUUUGGGACUGUCUGUGCCGAGAGUGGACAAAUUGUGUAAUAGAGGGUUUGCAUGGCUGCCAUCUUGCAGGCGAGUGCUUUUGUUCCACAGGAUAUGCACAGAGGAGGUUUCCUCCAUGGAACAAAACAACUGCCCUGCAAGAUGGCUUCCACGCAAAGCCUCUACAGGGAGAUAAACCACUGUCUAGAAACUGAACCCCGAGUGAGUUGUCAAAGAUCUGCGUGUGUUCUGGCCAAUCAGUGGUCUCGUUGCUCAUGGCAUCACACUCUGACUGGCAUGGUUGAGCUCUUCCUCAUCGUACUUUCGAUUCUUACAGUGCCACGCCGCUGUGAUAGUGGAAAGUCUUUAAUAAUACAUGCAUUGAUUUGUAUUAGCCUCUUAGGUAGGGCACAGUAGGAGGGUACUAUAGGAUUUGGGCAAAAUCUUGUGUGUUCACUCCAAAUUUACCCCCUACUGUGUCUACCAUGUUUCAGAGAAGGCUGAUACAGAUCAGGGUUUCUGCCUUGUCCCACAGCGUACCAUUUUUGGGAAUAACUGGACUGCCAGCUUGUUUUUCAGAAUCACCACCAUUAUAGUGUGGAUGCAUCCUGUGUACAUGAAAGCCACCGGUAGCUGUAGAGUAGGGUCUUGGGCUGAGCUUUUGUACAUGUACAUCCAAGAUAAACUGCAGGCAGUUUAUCUACCAGCCUUUCUGCAUAUUUACCAUGGUUCAGGCUGUAAAUUAUUGGUUUACUAUCGCAAUCUGAUUAUUGCAAUAGUAAUGCAGUUUUUUUUUCAUUACUUUUGAUAUACGCUAGAAUGACAUGUGCAUUGUGAAUAAUUUUUGUUUGAAUCAUAAGCCAUUUUGACUAUAUUAUUACUUUUUGUUUUGUUUCAUAAAAGCUGCAAUAAGGAAGUAAUUAGAGUACAGAAGCAGAUAACUGUAUAAUUGAAAAAGAUAACUUAAAACCUAUCAAUUCUACAAAUACAUGUAGAGAGAAAAAUAGUUGACAGAAGCACGACAUGGAUUUUGUAAUUUUGAAAUUUAAACAAAGGAGAAUGGAGAUAGUGUGCCUAUCAGCUCUGAUAUAGAUCUGAUCUGAUCUUUUGUCACCUUUUAUAAUCAGUAUUGUAGUCAAGACUUCGUCAGACUUUGCUUGACCAACAUGUCAUCCCAUCUUAAGCCGGGGCACAAGCUAUUCACGUGAAGUGUGACAAAAGUAUUCCUUUGUAGGUGCUCACCGUUACUUGUGACUGGUCUUUUGUCAGGUCUUGUGCCUGGUCUUGCAACGGUAUUGACAGCACACUGUAUGAUAAAGUUAAGUAAAGGUACAGACUAUCAUUUGCAGUUACUCAAAAGGUACAUGUACAACUGACACAAUAACUAUUGAAAAGCAUACUCGGUUUAAAGAUGGUUAUGGGAAAUCAUUCCCUGUGAAAUAACUCUUUCUAGCAAAUUGCCGUCAGUAGUUGGUUUUAAUUUGGCAAAGUGUGGGUAAGCGUUGACACAGGCAUGCACUCAGUUACUACCGGGUCUGAUUGGUCAGUUCAUGGUGCAACACCGUAGAGCUGCAUUCAACUGCAUGUGAAGCCGAAUUUAGAUUCAGUUCAAAACGUCUUAACUCAGGAAUUUUUUAUUUGAAAUCAAGAUUCCAGAAUAUUGCUUUCGCUGAGCAGAAACUUCAUCAGGUUUGUUAUUAGUCUUUAGAUUGUGAGUACGUUUGUUGCCUCAAAGGAGCAAACAUAUACAUGUACACAUGCAUGUAUGACAGAUGAUGGACUGUACCGGGUGUCUUUAAAUUCUCUCACCGUAAAUAAUGUUGCCACUGACAAUUGUAAACUGUUUCUCCCAGUUAAACGUAAUGAAUUGUGACUUGUGAAAAACUUUUGAUCUCACAAAACUGUAGGCCGUAUGCACCGGUGCAGUGCACAGGUAAGGUCUCAUAUUCUGUGUUUGUUGGACACGUUCCCGUGCUGUACAUGUAUUUUCUUUUCCACUUCCACAAGAGGCACUGGUAGUGCGUGAUCAUUUGCAUAUGCUGAAUAGUAUUCUUCUUAUUGGAUUGUUGAGCACAAUGUGCCAGGUGCACAGUGCUAUUUGUAAGCCAUUCUAGGGCCCCUGUUUUGUUUUUACACAAGUAUGUAUCGACAGUGUGUUCGAUUACUUCCCCUGCGCCAUUGCGACUGCGUUCGAUUUGACUUUCUUAUGAAUCCUCGCACUUACUUUGGCCUGGCCCAAUUGACCAGUGUGCCUCACCAGGAAGUAAAUGUAUUGGAUGUAUCCCAUGAUAUAAUCUGAAACAUGCAGGCCCAGUCGCAUGUUGCGAUGACAAUUAACAUUACCCAGAAACACAGUCAAACAAAGUGGCUAAUUUGUUUAGUUGAAAGAAAGGCAAGAAGUAUGUUUGCAUGUCUGCAGCUUUCAACCGGUUCAGAUUCAUUUUGCAAACUGUAAUGAGCGCACUGCCUCUUGACCUGGUCGGGGCACUUUGAAUAACCCAAGAUCUUUGCUGCAGUGGCUGCAGCAAAGAUUGUUGGACACGCUGCUAGAGAUGUAGAUGCAGUGUCUGGCUUUGUUACCUGUCCCUGCAAGCUUUGGGAACUAGUCUUUAUACCAGAAUGUGUACAGCAUGUCAGUAUCAAUCUUGAUUCUUUGUAAAAUAACAAAAUUGAGACACAUGCUUUUUCAACUAUAGAAAUGCUUGUCUUCCUCUCUUGAAUAACUUUACAGGUACCAAGUACAGUAUUUGUAACUUUUUUUUGGGUAGUUUUGUAUUUUGGCGUAUUGCGGGGAUUCACAAUUGUGGAGUAGUGUGGAAGAUGGUUUAGGAGCAAGGCUCAUAAGCGAAUGAAACCGCAGUACUGUUUUGCCGCUGCCAUUUUGAAUAUCUGUAAAACAAAUGGUACAUACAUGUAUAGCCUGCUGUCCAUAGAGGGAUCCCAAUACGAC